AUGACAAAAAAGCAGCAUGACCACCAUGACAGAGGACCAAUGAUAGCAUGGCACCAUGAGAAAGUACCACCACAACAUGGCAUCAUUUCAGGGAAACACCAUCAUAGUGUAGAACCACAACUGAGUGGGCACUUUAAUUGUUACAGCAUCAUGACAGACGGAACGGUCCAAGCUGAAGGAGAACAACUCAGAGAAGCUGAAGCAGAACAGGUCAGAAUUGAAGGAGAACAGCUCAGAGCUGAAGCAGAACAGGUCAGAAUUGAAGGAGAACAGCUCAGAGCUGAAGCAGAACAGGUCAGAAUUGAAGGAGAACAGCUCAGAGCUGAAGCAGAACAGGUCAGAAUUGAAGGAGAACAGCUCAGAGCUGAAGCAGAACAGGUCAGAAUUGAAGGAGAACAGCUCAGAGCUGAAGCAGAACAGGUCAGAAUUGAAGGAGAACAGCUCAGAGCUGAAGCAGAACAGGUCAGAAUUGAAGGAGAACAGCUCAGAGCUGAAGCAGAACAGGUCAGAAUUGAAGGAGAACAGCUCAGAGCUGAAGCAGAACAGGUCAGAAUUGAAGGAGAACAGCUCAGAGCUGAAGCAGAACAGGUCAGAAUUGAAGGAGAACAGCUCAGAGCUGAAGCAGAACAGGUCAGAAUUGAAGGAGAACAGCUCAGAGCUGAAGCAGAACAGGUCAGAAUUGAAGGAGAACAGCUCAGAGCUGAAGCAGAACAGGUCAGAAUUGAAGGAGAACAGCUCAGAGCUGAAGCAGAACAGGUCAGAAUUGAAGGAGAACAGCUCAGAGCUGAAGCAGAACAGGUCAGAAUUGAAGGAGAACAGCUCAAAACUGAAGCAGAACAGCUCAAAGCCGACACAGAUUGGGUCAGAAGAGAACUUCUUCAAAGAACUGGACCUGGAGAUGAGAAGAGAAAACACUUGAAUAAAAGUGAAAAACUUAGAUUAAGAUAUGAAAGGAUUCAAAGUCAACACAAGUUAAAAAGAAAGCAAAAGAAGGAACAGAAAAAACAAAACAGGCAGCAAGAAGCUAGUACAGAGGCAUCUUCCACCUGUGAUUCAGAGAGGCUGAGUAAGCGUGAUCUGAAAGCUCUUACUAAGAAAAGGUGCCUGCAAGCCUUGGAAACAGGGCAAAGAGUCUGUGUAGAUCUGGGCCUAGAGCAGCACAUGAGUGACAAGGAAAAAAGCAAACUAGCCCAGCAGCUUGGCCGGCUGUAUGGUUCUAAUAGACAGUCUGAAGAUCCUAUGCACAUAUACUUCACAAACCUUAACAAAGAUGGUGUGCUUUACCAAGAAUGUGUGAGGAAAAAUGAAGGAUUUGAAAAUUAUAUGGUUGACAUGACUGAGAAAUCUCACAUGGAAUUAUUUAAGCGGGAAGAUCUUGUGUUCUUGACCCCAGAUGGCAGCACUGUGCUCACUGGUUUGGACAGGAACAAGGUGUAUGUCAUGGGAGGACUGGUUGACGAGAGCCCUAACAAGAACAUCACUUCAAGUGCAGCCCAGACAGCAGGGGUUCAGACAGCCAGACUACCCAUAGAUGAAUACAUGACCAAAGGCGACCAGGGCACCUUCUCUAAAAUAUUGGCAGUAAACCAAGUAUUUGACAUUUUGUUGAAGUUCCAGCAGACAGGAGACUGGAGACAAGCGUUGAUGGCAGGUGUACCACAGAGAACGGGGUUCAUCUUGAAAUCAGAUAACAUAGUCUGAUACCAACUUACCUGUAUUUGAACUGUCAUGAU